AUGGUUUAUGUUAUUUGGUUUGAUUUUUCUAAUUUUCUAAUACAAUCUAUUAACAAUGAUAAUCAUCGUCAUAAACGUGCAUCAUCAUCUAUCUUAAAUAUAACUAAUCCUAAAAAAGAUAUAUCAAUUAAAAAUUAUUUUAUUAAUCGUUAUUGUAUAAAAUAUAGUGGUAUUCAACAACCAUUUCGAUUUAAUGAACAAUCUGGUCAAAUUGAUAUAAGUGGUAAAUUACGUAUAGUUGUAUCUAUUAAUGCACUUGAUUCUUUAACAAAUCGAUAUAAUGAAUAUAUUUAUAGAAGUUUUCAUCUAUAUUAUCAAAUUGUAAGUUAA